UCUGCAGUUAUGAAAAAUAUAAUACAUGCAUACAUCUGUUCUGACUUGUGUUAGACAUUUUGUUAUUAUUUGUUAUGAUAAGCGAGUGUAAAGGGAAAUUGAAUGUGACCUUGAAUUUGCAUCAAAAAAAGUUUUUUUUCUGGGAAGACCUCAAAUCACAUUUUUUAGGCAUAAUUAAUCUGAUCUUGUUCUGCAUUUUAAAGGUAUCUGCAUUCAAGAAACCUAGCCUUAUCUUGUUUUUUAUCUGCUUUAUUUAUUCCUUUAUUUUGUAUUAUCUUAUCGCACACGUUUGGCUCUUUCUCAGAAGAAAGUGCAGCAUUUAGGAAAAAAAGUUAUUUUCAAAGAAGAAAAUAGUGCUUUUGAUGUAAACGUUCUUCCACGGAUAUUUGCACGCUAAUAUAAAAGUCGGUGAAGGUAAAAUUCGUUCUGGAUGCAGGCAUUUGUCUGGAACUCAUUUACACAGCUGGGGUUUUCUUUCUUGGCUACGUAGUAUAUUAUUUGCAGCAAAUGAAAUAAGACGUAAUAUCUGUGAAAGAAAGCAUUCAAAAAAUGGAUAAAAUUAAACUUCUCAUUAUCAUGGUUUCAAUAAUUGUUUAUGGGAUGAAAUGUGACACCGACUGUGAUUGUAAAACUAUCAUGGAGCUACAAAUGGAGCUACAAGAAUUUAUCCAGAAAGAGAUGUUUCAAAAUAAGUUCGAGAUUUCUAAAAUGAAUUCUCGGCUAAGGAGAAUAGAAAGUUUAAAGAGGCAUUUGACAGGAACAAGCAACAAGGCAUCAAGUCAAGAACCUGGCAGCCAAUCGACACCUGGUGAUCAAGAUAGAGACAAUAAAGAUUCAGUUAGAAUUGAUUCGUUAGAAGCUAAAGUAACAAGUAUUGCAUCACUCUUGAAAAUAAACGAUGCGAAUAGUACAGACGUUGCUCAAGCAACUGAAAAAUCUGGAUUUUUAGACCAAAUUGAAACAAACCUGACGACACUUUCUCUCCAAGUUCAAGAUUUUAAGAAAAGUGAUGCCGACAAACUUUUAGACCAAAUUGAAACAAACCUGACUACACUUUCUCUCCAAGUCCAAGGUUUAAAGAAAAGUGAUGCCGAAAAAUAUUUGUUAGGGACGAUUGUGAAGAAAACAUUAGCCUCAGAAAAGCGAAACCGGAAAAAGUUUGAAACUGUAUUAAAAAAUGCAUUGGAAAACAUUAACAAUUCUGUUAGUGAAAUAAGGAGUGAAACAGAAAGCCUAAUGAAAAAAUAUAAUAAAACGUUUGUUAAAAGAUGUGACAAGUCUAUUGAGGCGAUGAAGGAAGUUACGAUGAACAUCAACAAAACAAUUAAUGAAGAAAUUAACAUCAUAACCGAGUCUUUACAUGAUCUAACGGAAGAAUUGUCUGACGCAAAUAAAAAAGAUGGUGAAUGGUCAAGUUGGGAAAACUGGGGUUCAUGUAGUGCCAGUUGUGGAGGUGGAAUUCAAAGUCGACUAAGAACAUGUUCUAACCCAAGACCAUCUUUAUUAGGAAAAUAUUGUGACGGAAGUCCAGACGAGACAAGACUUUGUAACAAACGCCAGUGUGCAGAACUAAACGUGGCAUUUACAGCAUACAACUUAGAUAGAAGCUCUCGACCUUUAUUUGUGUUCAGAUCAGUAUACAUUAACUACGGCAAUGCAUACAACAAAUCAACAGGGAUAUUUACUUGUAAAGUCCCUGGAUUAUAUUAUUUUUCCGUUACGCUAACAAAGAACUAUUUUGCUAAAGUGGAUUUUAUUGGAGCAUAUUUAAAGAUCAAUUAUAGUGAUAAAUUGUGUAUUUACUGGGACCCAUAUGAUGACGAAAAACUUGAAUCUGAAGCGACACCGUUAACAAUGUCUGGAACAUUUCACUUAGAUAAAAAUGAUAUUGUUUAUAUUCGCGAGAAUCCUAGUAAUUUUUAUAGUAACCAUUAUUCUGUAUUCACAGGAUACUUGAUAGCACCCGAUUAGUUGUCAUAAUAUACUAUGCAAGAUAAUCCAUCAUCAUUAAAUGAUUUAAUGUAAAGAUUUAUGUUCAAACACGUGUACAUAUAGUAAUCAAGUUUAUUACAUAACAUUUAAGUUAAAUUCAACUAAACCGUUCUGUCCACACCAAUUUAUAUUAUUGUUGUUGGCUUACAUGUUUUUAAAUGAUAAUGGUCGAAUAAUUUCAAAUGACAUUUAUUUAAUUUUGAUGUUCUAUCACAGUCUAUUUUUUUUUUUAAAUCAAAUCUUCUCAUUUUAUCAAUUUGAAAUACCAAUCAAUUUCCGAUGUUGAUCAGAAUCCUGUGAGAAAUGAGUAAUUUUUUAUGUGAGAAUAUCAUGUAAAUAGCUUAGGCUUUACAAUUUGUUGUUUCUACUAAGGAUACAUCGCAUAUAUAUGUCUUAUUAUGUUUCUUUUUUAACCACAUAAUGUACCUGAUGUUAGUUUCUUGUGUUAACGGUCCGCUUGUCUCUU